AUGAGGAAGCCGGAACGUUUAUUUGCUCGUCGGGCCGGCGCGAGGCCGGGCAGGAUACCGGAGCGGACAGCUCCGCUCUCCCCUCCAGGCGGAGAAGGCGGUGCCCACGAGGCGUCUUCGACUUCCCUGCCUUACACUCCGGGCGUGGGCCUUUGGCCUCGUAGACUUCAGCUGGAAGUACUGUACCCGGAAGCCACCCCUGCCCCUCGAACACUGGCGCCAGAGCUGGGCCCUCCGCCUGACAUCGCCCCGAGAUCGGGGCCCCCACGCCUGUGA